AUGAAGGACUGUCAUUCUACACUCCCCACUCCCCACAGACGCAUCGAUAUAAAGCCAGAAACUUCUUCUUUCAGUGUCUGCGAAGCCAGAACCGGAAGCCCAAUCAACAAAAUCAAAAAACACUCUUCUUGUCUUCUUGUUCUAUCCUUCUUGCCACCGUCAAAAAUCCAAUCUUCCUCCUUUGACAACCUUUUGCUUGGAACCAACAUGAUGAUUAGUCGCAGUGUGAUUAUUGCCUGUCUCCUGGCCGGUUCCAGCUCCGCCUUUGCUGUUCAGCAGCCAUCCCCACCGGCGUUCGCCGUCCGAUCCAAUGUCCUUCAAUCAUCCAAUGUUCUUCGAAUGUCGGGUGGCGAUGCUCCCGAACUAAGCCCACCACCUGCUCUCUAUCAGGGGGCCGUUGCCGCUGGAGUCAAGAAGGCUCAAAAUUCCUUUGGAAAUAUUUUCAAACUCGGAAUUGUUGCUGGAUGUCACAUUGCUUUUGGGGCUUUUCUGGCCAUUAGCGUUGGUGGAGCAUGCCCAGGCAUUGCUGCAGAAAACCCUGGUCUUCAAAAGAUUAUCAUGGGUGCUUUUGGCCUUCCUUUUGGACUGAUCAUGACCUUGGUUUCUGGAGCUGAAUUAUUUACUGGAAACACAGCCCUUGUCACAGCAGCUUGGAUGGAAGGAAAGGUCAAGAAGGAAGAACUGACCAAGAAUUGGGUUGCUUCCUAUCUAGGAAACUUUGUUGGAUCCCUUAUCAUGGCGUACCUGGUCUACAAGGGGAAAACUCUUGGAGCUCUCCCCGGUGCUGUGAAUAUUGCCACUGCCAAGUGUGCUGUACCUUUUGAAGUUGCCUUCAUUCGUGGCAUUCUCUGUAACUGGCUCGUGUGCAUGGCUGUGUACAUGGCCUCAGGAUGCAAGUCUAUGGCUGGAAAAAUGACUGCUGUUUGGUUCCCCAUCUCAGCAUUUGUUGCCCUUGGUCUUGACCACUCUGUUGCCAACAUGUUCAUCAUUCCUCUGGGAAUCUUUCGAGGAGCUGAAAUUACAAUUGCUCAAAUGUUCACCAAGAACCUUAUUCCUGUGACUCUGGGAAACAUCGUUGGAGGUGCCCUCUGUGUCAUGGCUCCAUUUGGAACCACUAUGGGUGGAUGGUUCAAGAAGAGUGACUAA